AUGGGCAGCGGCGCGAGCGGGGGCGGCGGGCGGGCCACGCGCGCGCUCCGCCUGCUGUUGCUGCUCGUGCUGGCGCUAGCCGCGGUCGAAUACCUCUUCGGCUCCAUACUGGACGCCUCGCCGCUCAAAACCUAUCUAUACACGCCGACAUACAACGCCACGCAACCCACGCUCAGAAAUAACGAAAAGGCACUAUCGCAGAAGCCGAAUAAAUCACCAACAGCCAUCCCUCAACCGGUGUUCGACGCGAAAAAUCAAACGCAAAACAACACUUCGUUCAUAAACGCGAUCAUUACAAAAAACGAAACCGAGCUUAAAAUAAACACAACCCAAUAUAACAUGACGGUAACACAGAAAAGUCCGUCCAGCACGUCCCUGUUGAUCGCCAAGAUCGUAGAGGGCCUGAAGAAUCUCGUUACAACUGAAGGAGCGGUCAAGAAGCAAGACUCAGCGUUGCCAUUGUGCGACGUCAGUCCCCCAGACUUGGGACCAAUACAAGUAAACAAAACAGAUUUGGAGCUGGAUUGGGUGGAGAAGCGUUACCCGGAAGUACAGUGGGGUGGGCACUACGUACCGCCCAACUGUACCGCCAAUCAUAAAGUAGCUAUCAUAGUGCCAUACAGAGAUCGCCAACAGCACUUGGCCGUAUUCCUGAACCACAUGCACCCGUUCUUAAUGAAGCAGCAAAUCGAAUAUGGAAUAUUCAUAAUCGAACAAGAAGGUAACAAGGACUUCAAUCGCGCCAAACUGAUGAACGUCGGCUUCAUCGAGAGCCAGAGACUGGAGGCGGGCGGCUGGAUGUGCUUCAUAUUCCACGACAUCGACCUGUUGCCGCUCGACACGCGAAACAUGUACACGUGCCCCAAACAGCCGAGGCACAUGUCCGCUUCCAUAGACAAACUUAAUUUCAAAUUACCAUAUGAAGAUAUAUUCGGCGGCGUGUCGGCUCUAACGUUGGAGCAGUUCAUCAAUGUCAACGGAUUCUCCAACAAGUACUGGGGCUGGGGAGGAGAGGACGACGACAUGUUCUAUAGGUUGAAAAAAAUGAAUUAUUACAUUUCGAGGUACAAAAUGUCGAUCGCGAGAUACGCGAUGUUAGAUCACAAAAAAUCCGUACCGAAUCCAAAGAGGUACCAACUCCUGUCCCAAACGAGCAAGACGUACCAGCAGGACGGGCUCUCGACCCUCGAGUACGAGCUGGUGCAAGUGGUGCAGUACCACCUCUACACGCACGUGGUCGCGAACAUCGAUGAGCGCAGCUGAUGGACAUACCUCGCCAAGCUGCUGUUUGGCGACGACAGGUAACAUCAGCGUUGCGAACAACGUAAAACCGGUGCUGCCAUAGACAAGAACUCAACAGUGAAUCGGAAGUAACUUUAGUGUUGCCCCGUCAAAAAAAAAACAGUGUUACCAGUGCAUUUUCUGUUUUGCAUAUAGAUAAUGUCGUUUGAUUUUAAUUUCAUCGUGCCACGUUGAUCUCGUAACUCUGUUUAUAUUAUAUACUAUAUUAAUAUCGUUCGUCCUAGAUUCUUGCUGGUAAGGUCGAUCGAAAAAACGCGACUGAUUGUAGACUUAGAUAUUUUUGUAUUCCGUAUAAAAUGGUUUUCUCAUCAGCUCUUACUCUCUUGGGCAUAUAAUGUGCGACUACAUUCUAUUAAAAGCAAUGACAUCUCAUUUCAAAUGCCAAGUAAUAAUCGAGUUAGGAGUCUGUGAACUUGGCCUCCGUUGACAUUAAAACAAAUGUCAAAUGCCCUUUUCUUUGGAUCGUACAAUAAAAAACAUGCUUUAAGUCGACGUUAGCUAGAUUUAAAUCCGUGCGCAGUUCAUUUAAGAUGCUAUAGUGUAUUUAUUACUACUAAUAAACAAAUACUAUGAAAAAAAAAAUGAAACGAUAAUAAUCUUUUUUUUUAUAUCUUUACAUUUAAUUUAAUUAGACUUUAUAAGGUGAACUUUUAAAAUUAAGUACAACGCUUUGAAUGCUUUAUUUGAAUCACAAAAGAUAUAUAUAUAUUUUUAUAAUUACUUUUUUUUUCAUUUCUAUAACUAUUUCGUAUGUUUUUUUAUUUUAUUUUGUUUCUUUCAUGUAACUAGUCGUUAAUACACAAAUUAUUAAAAUAAGCUUAGCGUAUAAACUUUUAUACCAAUACAUAAAUAAAUAAAUAAACUCAAUUUUAUUAAUGUAAUUUAUGUAAGAACAAAUAAUAAUACUUAAUUGGAAUAUUAAUAGCGUGUACAGCUUGACAAUAUAGAUACAUAGUUGUUAAUGUAAGAUAAGUUUAUCAAAAACGCUAAGAGCGUUUAACUGUGUAUGAAAAUAAUAAUAAUUAAAUAUGAAAAUGUUACAUAAUAUAUUUGUACCUUGGACGAGGCUCGAUAAAACAAAUCAGGAGAAAUCUGGCCGUUCAAAAGAAAAAAUAGUUUUUGUUUUUUUUUUCAUUUUAAUUUAUUGACCAAAUUAAUGAAUCUCUUUCAUUAUUAAUCUCUUAACAGUUUUGAUUUUUUCAACGCUGUGUCCAAAAGUACAUAGGCAACACUGCCAAAAAACUUUAUUUGAAUUGUAAUGGUAGUCUAAAAAAAAUGUUAAAUCGAAUAGAUGGUCAGACAAAAAUAUUUUUAAUUUUAAAUUGAUAAUCACUGUUAUAAUUUGUCAAUUAAGUUCCUAAAGCCAUUAAAAUAAUGUCAAUUGAAAUAAUAAUAUUAAUAGUAUGGCCUAAUUAUUUUCAACUCUGUUCACACUGAGUCUAUGGUCUCUAGUGAUACAAGCCUAAAAAAAUUUUUUUCCAAGCGACCGUCAACAUGUUGUGCUUUAAUGCGAUAUUUAAAUUUCGAAUCUAUGUAUGUACUUAAGUUUUUUUAUAAGCAUUUAAUUUAAGAACAGUUUGAUUCUCAAAAGAAAUUAAAUGUAAAAUAAACGUUAUAAUAUACGGCGCAAUAUUUGCCGUUUUGUUGAAAACAUCAGUUUAUAUGAUAAUAAAUGUACAUUAAUAAUAAUAAUAAU